UGGGACCCUGUUCCCACCAGUACAAGAAGGCCACCCGAUCCCAUCCCACCCCACCACAAAUCGCUCCAAACUCCAACCAAAUCCAUCAUCGUCAUUAUCCUAACCAGAAAACAUCACCUGAUCUUGCACUCUAGUGCUGUCUGCCAUUACAGCGUCCGUGAAAGCGCGAUCUUUCGCUCUCAGUAGCUCGGGGGAGCAAAGCUGCCGCAAGACUUUAUUCCAGCUCCAGGGCGAGGCUGAUCGCGCGAUCGAUCGGGCGGCAUGGUCAGCAAGCUGAGGUGGCUGUGGAGGGCGCCGGUGCGGGCGCUGGGCCGCGCGCGGGAUUACUACGUGCGGAGCAUCACGGGGUGCGCGCGCUACGUCCCGGCCGACGCGGCCUUCGGCGGCUACCCGGUGCUCGUGCCCAUCGCGCCGCUGCCCAGGAGCUACAGCAGCGGCGACUGGGCCGGCGCCGGCGAGGAGGACCUCCGGGAGCUCAUCCGCGCGUCCUCGCAGCGGCGCGACGACGAGCGGCGGCAGGUCGUCCAGGCCGUGGCCAGGAGCCAGAGCACGGCGGUGGGGCGCUCCAUGGCGCCCAUCGCCGAGGACGCGCCGUGCGAGUUCGGUGGUAGCGGCGUGGGAGGGCUCUACUCGAGGAGCCAGAGCUACGCCGGCGGCGCCGCUGGGAGGCCUCGGUUCCACAGGAAGGAGGCCGUCUUGAGCUGAGUUAGAUGUCGGCUGCUCCUCGAUCGAGACCGUGCGACAAGUGUUGCCAUUCUCUUUGCUGCUCCGAUCCCUUCAAAAUUGGGGUUUUUCUUUCGUGCUCUUUGUUAAUACUAGUAUCGAGGAAUUCAUGAGUGCAUUUGUUGUUUCGUUUUAGUCUCGGUGAGUCCAUGACUCCAUGUUGCCAAUAUCAUGUGCUCCUUGCUCGUUCUCUAGUACUUGCCCGAAUUGGAUUGUCGGAACGACCAGCUCAACAAUAUGGAUGGA